CGUCACUUUCCGUGGAAAGUUAUCAAUCUGGAUUUCGUAUCGAACAGUAUCAAAUAUGCGUGAUUGAGACUGAUUGUGCAGAUUCCUCGUGAUUGAACUGCUAGAGCAAAGCGUAAUUGUAAUGGCUGCGACUUGACUUUUCUAGGCAGAAGGCACGCGUGUUUGUCAUGUUACGUGAAGCAACACGAAGGCAAGAACGAGUGUAAACGAAAAGAGAGAGAACUGUGUAUAAUAAACUAUAUAAACUAGAUGGACUGUGAAAGAGUGAAACGCGAUUAACGCCACUGUGUCGUCGUUAUCGUUAUCGUUGUCGUUGUCGUCACCGAAGCCUUAAUCGCUCAUUCGUUCUAUCGUAAAACGGUGCAAUAGUCGGUUCUUGCAUACAUAUAUACAUCUACGAGUGUACAUACGUGCGUGUGAUAGAACUUCUAGGUAGGCGAGGCGUGUUCUCGCGCGCUCUGGUUCUCCCGUCUCCUGCACACGGCGAGGAUCACUCUCGCGCGCGUGCGACUCGUGUGAGUAGUGCACGUGUGUGUGCGCGCGCGCGCGCGUGCGUAUGUGUUGCGUGUACGUGCGUAAGUGAGUGCAUUGAAGUAGCGAGUGAGCGGUGGUGCGUCGAUCGCGCGAUCGGCAGCGAUGAGCGACGACAGGAGCGAGGAUGAUCCGAUAAUGGACCUCUGGUACAGCAAUUGGGAACAGCAGUGCGUCGAGGCUCUCGAGUCCGAGCCCGAUUACGAGAAUCAGCUGCACAAUGAGAAGGAGCUCUACUCGCAGCAGAUGUGGACGAAAUUCCAAACCACCGCGUCGGCCAUCGCCCAAUUGUACAAAGACCGCACGCUGGGCGUCUCAUUAUGGGUGCCCUUUCAGACCGCCGCUGGUACUGUAACAUCGUUAUACAAAGAUUCAGUGGAUUGUAUGAGGCGAUGCAGUGAUCUAGGAGUGGAAAUGGGAAAACAAAAACAUUGUAAAGAAAUAAUGAAUUGGGCUAGAAAAAAAAGACGUAUGAUACGCAGGGAAGAUCUUCUUGCGUAUCUUGCUGGCAAGCCACCACCACCUCGACCGCAUCCACAUAGAAGUUCACCUAAGCCUCGUAUGAUGGUGUGCGGUUCUCCAUCGUCGCAUAGUCAAACGCCAAGUAUGGUUAUUGCUCCAACACUACCAACAGGCAGUGAUCCAGACCCUGAGUUACAUACUUUUAGGGAAGCCAUUGCAUUAUCUGGUUCUCCAGUAUCUCGACGUAGCGGAAGACAAGCCGAAUUGUCGGCUUUUAUUAACAACGAAUUGGCUCGGCAUCAUAAACGACCCGCUUCGCAUGACGUAGAUAUGGGAUCACCCACGCACAAACGUACGCGUACUACACUGUAACGGCGCGCGAUACAUAUGGUAGCUUUACUCCCUCGCUCCCUGUUGAUUAAUCGACCCGACUAAUGACUAAUAACUCAACUCUCCUCUACAUAACUCCCGGUUAUAUGUUAAUCAUUGGAGGAAACCGGUAGUGGUUCACACUGCCAGGUAAGUACAUUUGUAUGUAUCUCCAGUAGCUUCUGCUGCCGAUCUCGAUUUAUAUCACGUUCAAAAUUAUUUAACUUCUUAAAGCUAUAUUUGUACAGUUAGUUCUGACCGACGCAUAUAAUUUAAAAUAAUUUAAAUAUAGAGACCCAAGCUAUAUAUAUAUAUGUAUAUAUAGUAUAUAUUUGUGGGAUGUUUAUUUUGGCAAUAUAUUGGCAAAAUAAUAGUUUACACACAUGCCAAACGUUUUUAUUUUCAAUUAUAUUAGAUUUUAUCAAAAUUUAGAAACUAUAUAUUAUAUAUAUGUAUUUUUUGUCUUUGUGUAUAUAAAAUCACAGAAACGAGAGCGCAUAAACUGUUAUGUAUAAAAUAUUAUGUUACGACUUAAUAUUAUUUAAAAUGCCCAUGCAUGAUGAUUAGUUCAACUUUUCAUGUGCAAAAGUUUGUAUCAUCAGAAUCAUCAUAUUAUUGAUCUGUAAAUCAAUCUAAUAGAAGAAUUACGAGCAAAUGUGUGACGCUAAUUGAAAUGUUAAAUCUAUAUAAAUUAAAUUUAUACAUAUAUUGAUAUGUAUAUUCAAAUUUGCAGUGAAUAAUAAGUAUCUUGAUAUUUGUCAAUCAAUUUUGUUGCCUUCUUAUAAACAGUCGAAAUUUUUAAUGAAACAAAGAAUAUUUUUAUGCUAUUUCAGAAUUAAUAAGCACAAUUUAUGGCAAAAUAAAAAAGGGAAAAGAUAUUAUUGUAAAAUAUUUGUUUUUGCAUUAAAGUUCCUAGUUUUUUCACUGAUGUUAUAUUGAAUUGUGAUGUCAGCAAUGAAAAAUCAUGCAAUUUUUUUUCUUUGACUACACUGAAAUAGAUUAAUUUUUUGUAUGUUACCACUCGCACUUGCUAUAGAUUGGUAAAAUAUAUUGAAGGCUUUUCGAUUCGUGGAUUAAUAAAAAUAGCCAUAAAUCUUGGCUAAUCAUAAGAUAUAUUUUCGUUGAGAAUGUAAAACACAGAUGAGUUAUAUACAAUAUAUAUAUAUUUACUAAUAAAAAAAAUAGUUUUUACAGUAAUAGAGAGAAUAGUGAUUAUAGUAUAAUAUUCUACUAUUAGUAGAAUAGUA